AGGGGUUUAACGACAUUCCAAAGGGUGCUGAUCAUGAACAUGAUGGGUCCUGACGGAAACCUCGAGAGCUCUUUGGUUGGGGACAAUCACAUUCGUGGUGGGCAUGGUCCGGACGUCGCAUAUUAUGAUGAGGACCCGGACCGUGACCAUCGUUCCCACCAUCGGAGCGAGAGGAGGCGGGACAAGGAUCGGAGGAGGGACCGUAGCCGUAGUCGUAGCCGAGACAGACGUAAGAGAUCUCGCAGCCGCGGUCGCGAUGAUGGGUAUGAUAGGGACAGGGAAAGGAGACGUGAGAGGGACCGUGAUCGUGAUGGGGAACGGCGACGAAGCCGCAGCCGUGAUCGAGAGCGACGAAAGAGGUCUCGCAGCAGAGAGCACCGCUCACGCAAGGGCAGCCGAAGUGCUAGUCCGAAGCGCUCCAGUCGUCGUGGCACGUCAGUGACUCCUCUUCACCUGAGAAAGCGAAAGCUUCAAAACUGGGAUACGCCACCGGCAGCGUUCCCAGGCAUGACCGCUCAACAAGUAAAGGCAACAGGUCACUUCCCACUUCCCGGACAGUCGGCGCGAUUGGCUUCGGGAUUGGGCGCAUUGUAUGGCGCUGACUUGUUUGGAAUCAGAACUGAUGGGAUGAAACUUAGCCAGGGAGCGGCUGGGCCGAUAGCGCAGAGUGCGAGUAUUGCGAGGCAAGCUCGUAGGUUGUAUGUUGGUAACAUUCCGUAUGGAAUUCUUGAGGAUGCGCUGAUGGACUUCUUUAAUCAAACCAUGGCCCAAUUGAACAUUACAACCGCUGCUGGUAAUGCGGUUAUUGCGGCGCAAAUCAAUCACGACAAAAACUACGCAUUUAUUGAGUUCAGAACUUCGGAGGAAGCAACGGCAGCGAUGGCAUUUGACGGGAUCACAUUCGCUGGUCAAUCUCUGAAAAUUCGCAGACCAAAAGAUUACCAAGCACCCGCAGGCGCCUCUGGGACCCCUCCACCAAUUCACGUACCCGGCGUUGUAUCGACCAACGUUCCGGACAGUCCAAACAAAAUCUUUGUUGGAGGAUUACCUCCGUUCUUGAACGAUGAGCAAGUCAUGGAGCUGCUGAAAUCGUUUGGAGAGUUGCGUGCAUUCAACUUGGUUAAGGACGGGACCACAGGAUUGUCCAAGGGGUUUGCUUUCUGUGAAUACGUCGAUCCAGCAAUAACGGAUAUCGCAUGCCAAGGUCUGAAUGGAAUGGAACUUGGUGAUAAGAAGCUUAUUGUGCAAAGAGCGAGCGUCGGUGCAAGCAAGAUGGGAAUGGGUAUCUUGCCACCACUACUACCCACUGCAGUUUUGACUGGAGCCGCUGGACCUAUCGAGCCGACCACUGUGUUGCUAUUACUGAAUAUGGUCACAGCGGAGGAGCUAAUCAAUGACGAAGAUUACCAAGAUAUUCUGGAGGAUAUCCGGGAUGAAUGUACAAAAUACGGUACUAUUCGGAACAUCACCAUUCCCAGGCCUGUAGAGGGGCGUGAGGUGUCAGGCGUUGGCAAAAUUUUUGUACAGUUUUCGAACGCUGAGCAAAGCUCGGCUGCAUUGCGGGCUCUAGCCGGAAGGAAGUUUGCAGACAGAACGGUUGUUGCCGCGUACUACGACGAACAGCAGUAUCUCACUGGAGAGUUUUAAAGUGCAUUCUGUACCACCAGAACCGCGGCCAAUCAUGAGAGUAGCUGUCAUUGUCUUUGACUUGACAACGAUGAUCGUUUCCUUUAAUAAAGGUGUUGCAGUGUAUUGAGGAUAGUACCGCUGAAAGGUGCCAGCCCCUCAAGAUGGAACUAGCGGCAUUAUGUACAAUGAGCGCCAUCUUAUGAUAUCUAAGUCUACGACACAGCGAGAGAUGUUGUUCAGUCCAAUAAAUUUAUCAGUUUAUCUUGCGUUC